AUGCGUUCAUCUAUCAUUGCUUCUCUGCUCUCUGCUGUUACUGUUGUCUAUGGCUACGCCAACCCCAUGGCAUGCAGCGGCGAGUGCGGAAAUGCUCACGAUCCCGCGCUUAUCCGCCGCGACGAUGGAAAAUACUACCGAUUCUCUACCGGUAACAAGAUCUCUAUCCAUACCGCACCGAGCAUCACGGGACCUUGGACAUACAAGGGUGCCGCAAUCCCGAACGGAUCCAAGAUCAACCUGAAGGGCAAGGAUGAUCUUUGGGCACCCGACGUCACAAAGGUCGGCAACACGUACUACCUGUACUACUCUGUUUCGUCGUUUGGCUCGCAAGACUCGGCCAUAGGUGUCGCGACCAGCACGAACCUCGAUACCUGGACGGACCUCGGCGCUACUGGCAUCGCCUCCAAAGCCGGCAAGAACUACAACGCCAUUGAUCCUGCCCUGUACUGGGACGGGUCGAAAUUCGUCAUGUCCUUUGGCUCGUUCUGGGGUGAUCUCUUCUCGACCAACAUGCAGAACCCACCAGUGAAGGCCGCCGCCGGUGCCGCAGCCAUCGGCAUCGCUUUCAAGCCCGAGGGCGAGCAUGCGCAGGAAGGUGCAUUCAUCGCUAAGAAUGGAAACUACCAUUAUCUAUUCUUUUCGUUCGGCAAGUGCUGCCACUUCGACCAGAACAGGCCCGCCAAGGGUCAGGAGUACAAGAUCCAGGUUUGCAGGUCGACCAGCGCAACUGGUGGAUUUGUCGACAAGGCCGGCAAGAAGUGCACCGAGGGCGGCGGAACCACCGUUCUGGAGUCUCACGGAUUCGUUUACGGACCCGGUGGCCAGGGUGUCUACUAUGAUCCCAAGCUUGGCCCGGUGCUCUACUAUCAUUAUGUUGAUACUCGCAUUGGCUAUGCUGACGGACAGAAGAAGUUUGGUAUCAACCAGAUCAACUUCUCCAGCGGAUGGCCGGUUGUGUAA